GUAUCAGCAUAUGAUGUAUAAUAAAUCAAAACACAAAUAUUACUUAUUUAUAAAAUUAUAUUAUCCUUUACUUUUGUUAAAAAACAUAGUGGCAACAGUAUAGAUAACCGUUCCGAAGUCAUCAAUAGACAUUUAGUAUUUACACAUUUUGGGAAUAAUUAGCGGUAUAUAGUUCAUAGAUAUAGUUAACAGUUAUGGCUCUCGAACCGCCUGAUCCACCUGCUGUAGAAAUCCCAUUUCGUUAUGAUGUACCAGAACCUUAUGGACACUCUUAUGUUCUCUUCUGCAACACGACAAAUCGCGUUCUCCAUUUGUAUUGGCUCGAUGAGGGUGGUAGUAGAUUUCAUACCACAUUAGCGGCCGGUGCUCAAAUAAAAACCAACACAUUUACACAUCAUUCCUGGGUAUUUUGUGAUAAGGACUCUAAUGAAUUAAUGUGUGUGUCUAAUGUACCUAGAUUUUGGCCAAACCAAUACAGAAUACACGAUCCAUUGAAUCCCACACGUCGAGUUCCUUGUCGUAAAGAAAUUAAAAUACAUUAUCCUUUACGUAGUUUACGCGAAAACUGCCUUUGCCGUAUUGUAAAUACAUUGAAUCCCUUCGAUCCGAGAUUGGCGGUGAAUAUCAUUGACCAACGAAUGUCUAUACCUCAUGUUUUGAAAAAUGAACUCAAAAGGCGUUUAAGACGACCUCUAUGUCCCACAUAUAUCAAUGAACAGUGGGUGAAUAACGUACAUGUGAGAUAUAAUCUGCCAAGAAACCAAAAUAGAAGAGUAAUAUAAUUGGUGUCUCCGAAAAUAAAAAUAUGUAAUUUUUACUUGCUGAAAGCAUUAAGCUAUUGCUACAAAUAAUUCAAAGUGGUAAAUUCGUUUUUAAGAUUUUAUGCCAAUCGCAGUGCGAGCAACUCGUGCAAGAUAAUAUUUCCAUGUUAUUCUGCGUAUUACUUAUAAAGUUAUAAUACAGUAAAAAAACAAAUGUCAUAAUCGUAUAUACAAAUUUGUCAGUUUAUUGGCUUGAAUGCAGUUACUUAUAUUCCUUGUGUGAAAUUUGAAUUUCUGUAUACUUUAAUGUAUUAUAUAUAUUUUUUUCAAAUAUAGUAAAUUAAUUUUAUAAUA